AUGUAUGCUUUAGAAAGUUUUUGCCAUGCCCUGUCAAUUGGGGUUUGGUUCUCUGUUCCCUGGAGGCCAAGAUCAGUUAAAAAAAGAAACUUCCUAAAAGGACGCCCCUCCCAAAAAUCUGUCAAAUCCCCACCCCUCUACCCCCCAAAGGAACCAUUCAGCCCCAACCCUCUACCCCGAAAGGGUCCAUUCAGCCCCAGCCCUCUACCCCCAAAGGGACCAUUCAGCCCCAAUCUUCCACUCCCAAGGGGACCAUUCAGCCCCCAGCCCUCUACCCUCCAAAGGAGCCAUUCAGCCCCCAGCCCUCUACCCCCCAAAGGAGCCAUUCAGCCCCCAGCCCUCUACCCCCCCAAAGGAGCCAUUCAGCCCCCAGCCCUCUACCCCCCCAAAGGAGCCAUUCAGCCCCCAGCCCUCUACCCCCCAAAGAGACCAUUCAGCUCCCAGCCCUCUACCCCCAAAGGAACCAUUCAGCCCCAAUCUUCUACUCCCAAGGGGACCAUUCAGCCCCCAGCCCUCUACCCCCAAAGGGACCAUUCAGCUCCCAGCCCUCUACCCCCAAAGGUACCAGACUGA